GAAACCCUCCCGGAAAUGCGCGGUCUGGAGGAAGGAUUUAGAGAAUCUGGGGGCUCAUCGCACUUACCCCAGCAACUCAAAUUCACCACGUCGGAUUCCUGUGACCGCAUCAAAGACGAGUUUCAGCUGUUGCAGGCUCAGUAUCACAGUCUGAAGCUGGAAUGUGACAAACUGGCCAGUGAGAAGUCAGAAAUGCAGCGUCAUUACGUGAUGUACUACGAGAUGUCCUAUGGCUUGAACAUUGAGAUGCACAAGCAGGCUGAAAUCGUCAAGAGGCUGAAUGGGAUUUGUGCCCAGGUCCUACCGUACCUUUCCCAAGAGCACCAGCAGCAGGUCUUGGGAGCCAUCGAGAGGGCUAAGCAGGUCACUGCUCCAGAGCUGAACUCCAUCAUCCGACAGCAGCUCCAAGCCCACCAGCUGUCCCAGCUGCAGGCUCUGGCCUUGCCCUUGACCCCACUGCCGGUGGGGCUGCAGCCGCCUUCGCUGCCCGCGGUCAGUGCCGGCACCGGCCUCCUCUCGCUGUCUGCGCUGGGCUCCCAGGCCCACCUCUCCAAGGAAGACAAGAACGGGCACGACGGUGACACCCACCAGGAGGACGACGGCGAGAAGUCGGACUAGCCGGCGGCCGGGACGGGCGGGUGGGGACAGGGAGACAGACGGAGAGGCUGGUUCAGCGCCACACACAGUAUAGCUCAGAUUGGCUCAACUCCGGUAGUAUUUAUGGUAGCCGCCUGCUGGGGCCCUGCUUGUGUGCCACCCCUAGCUUGACUCCCACCCCCCAACUCCUGGCCUCACUCCCCCUCCUCCUCCUCCUCCCCUGCAGCCUGAGUGGGUGGACACCUGCCUGUACCACAGGUGAGGCAAGCUGAGGCCUGGAGGCACAGUGGGAGGCCGAGUCAGAAAGGAGCGAGAAGCCUCAAGAAAUCUUAAUUCUCCUGCACUUCCCCAUGCACACGCGUAACUGACAGUCUGCGGCCGCCGGGCCCCUUCAGGGCGCACGCCCCAGCCUCCCACCCUGGCACUGCAUGCAAACACAAACGCUAGCUGCCCCUUCCCGCCCUGGGCACCCCAAGCGCCCCCCACCCCCCUGCCCUCCACCUACUCACUUCUGCAAGUUCCACACACCCACCCCGUCCUCCACUAGGGGGGCCAAGGGAAACUAGCUUAGCUGGGGUGAGCAGGGUGGGGGCGGGUAACCCAAACCCCCGUUAUCCCCUCCCCAAAUAAAGAUGAGGGUACUCAAGUUGUCUUGGUUUUUAUUGUUUUCCUUUUUCCAGUAUACUAGCUUGUCUUUAAGAAAGGGGUUAUUAAAAAGAGACAGAAAUGUUUAAAAAAAAAAAAAGCAACACCCACACCUGUGUCUGUAUAUAGCCUUUUAGACUGUCAGCUUUUGUUGUGUUCAGUCGUUUGAUCUCUGCAGAGAGAAGUGGAAAAUGCUGUAUCGAGGGUGGGCUUAGCUGUGCCUUUCAAAUAAAGAUGUGAGAAGGUUG